GUAUCUUGUGCAUCAGUCAUUUGGGCGACAAUACAACCUGGUUGGCAGGUUACGAGGAAUUGAGGACAUUCAGGAAUUCCAGAACUAUUUGAAGAGAUCUUUCUCAUUUUCCAAACGUUGGGAUCUGGACGCGACUCUUCAUCGAUAUAUGACAUCUUGCUGUACGGUCUACCUGGACGGGCUUACCGGACCCCCUGCGAGGUACCUCCCAGACCGAAAG